CCGUGCGUGGUCGCGGCGGCGGCGGCGCAGGGGGCGGGCUCGCCGUGAGGCGUCGAAGGAGGAAGUGGAGUGGUUGUUGCUCCCUCUUCGCCCACCGCUGGCUCCCUGGGUGCGGAGAGGAGCCGCAGUCUCCGCUGCUGCGUCGCGCUCCCCUUCCAUCCCCUCCAUGUGCCCCGGCGCCCUCGCUCCCCUUCCUCAGGCCGCCGCUUACCCCGGGGUCUAUGGAAGUAAUGGAAGGACCCCUCAACCUGGCUCAUCAACAGAGCAGACGGGCAGACCGUUUAUUAGCUGCUGGGAAAUACGAAGAUGCUAUUUCUUGUCACAAAAAGGCUGCAGCGUAUCUUUCUGAGGCCAUGAAGCUGACGCAGUCUGAGCAGGCUCAUUUAUCACUGGAAUUGCAAAGGGAUAGCCACAUGAAGCAGCUCCUCCUCAUCCAGGAGAGGUGGAAAAGGGCAAAGCGUGAGGAACGAUUGAGAGCUCAGCAGAUCCUAGACAAGGACACAGCCGUCCAUCUUCAGGCAUCUCACAAAUCCUCUGCAGAGGAUGUGGAGCGCCAGAAGUACAGCCCCUCCACAGAGAAACACCUCCCUGAAGUUCAGGGGGUCUUUGACAGGGAUCCAGACACACUACUAUUUUUACUUCAGCAAAAAAGUGAGCCAGCAGAGCCAUGUAUUGGAAGCAAAGCCCCGAAGGAUGACAGAACAAUUAUAGAGGAGCAGGCAACCAAAAUUGCCGAUUUGAAGAGGCAUGUGGAAUUCCUUGUGGCUGAGAAUGAAAGAUUAAGGAAAGAAAACAAACAACUAAAGGCUGAAAAAGCCAGAUUUCUAAAAGGUCCAGUGGAAAAGGAGCUGGAUGUAGACGCUGACUUUGUAGAAAAGUCAGAGCUGUGGAGCUUGCCACCACAUUCAGAAGCUGCUGCAGCCUCUUCAAGCUGGCAGAAGUUUGCGGCAAACUCUGGGAAAGCCAAGGACAUUCCAAUACCCAAUCUUCCUCCCUUGGAUUUUCCAUCUCCAGAACUUCCACUUAUGGAGCUCUCUGAGGAUAUUCUGAAAGGACUUAUGAAUAAUUAAAGUAAAAGCCAUUGGACAGGUCAGAAGAGGAAAUAAUUCAUAGCACAGUUACUUCAGAAAAGAAUAAAAAGGGAAAACCACAUACGAGGGUAGUCCCAGAAAUGCUUCGUCAGCUGGCAUACAGAGGGAGAAGAGGCAUUGCCAGGACUUGGAAACAGUCACUGUGAAAUACAUCGUGUAUCUGAUUCACCAACUCAGCUGAAGAUUCCGACUCUGCAGACACUAAACUCUCAGAGGUUCGCUUUCUCCUGAUAUAAACCAAAUGGCUACCUGGAAUAAUUUUUUCAAGCAACAAUUAUUUUUCUUAUCUUCAGGGUUAAAAUGUAUAAAAGUAUGUUAUGUUUAAUUAAUCUGUAAUGCCAUAAGUGAUAAUGCAAAACCUAAAUAAUAUGGUGGCCUGAGGGGCUGCCUUGUAUUUGAAACAUGCUUUCUAUCAUGCAUUGACUGUAUGCAUCUUGUUCUGCACAUUUUGUUUGUUUAAGGUGUGUAAGAUACACAUCUUUCUAGAUGAAACUAUGUGCCACACUUUGCACUACUCAUAACAUAAUGAUAACCUCAAGACUAUCAGGAGAAAUAUUUAAAUUUCCAUUUUAUGAAGAAAGGAACCAAAUUUUAGUUAUGCUUUUAAAAAAUUACGAGUUUACAUAAUUAAUCAGGGUGCAUUUUAAGUUCUAACUGUUAUAUAACGCAUCAUUUGAAAAUACCGAGGAGAUAUCCUUUAUUUUUAAUGAUGCAUGAGUGGAUUAAUGCUAGUUGGCAGUAUUUGAUUAUAAGAAAUCAAUAAAGUAAUUGUGUUUCAUACCUUU